UAGAGAGUAGAUCACGUGAUUCCAGCGUGUCAAGUGCCCCCAGAGGAGGACGUUCGACAAUGCCGACACUACAACAGCGCAGCCGAUCGAGAGGCCGUUCUCGCUCCAGGGGGCGCUCCCGCUCCCAAGUGCGCAUUCAAGAAGGACCGACCUGGGCGGACCGGGCCAAGCCAAAACCGCCUUCACAAUCAAAGGUAGGAUACGGCGCGACGGAGCUAACCAUGGCUGCUAUAGCUUUGUUCGACGACGACCCGGAAGACAAGAAAAUGCACACAGUUGGCCAGCCAUUGCCCUGCCUUGAGGUAAAGAUCGCCGACCCUGCAAAAGGCCUCGAGCAGCCUAUAGGCAUGCCUGGUGAAGUUUGGUGCCGAGGCCAUAACGUCUUCCUUGGCUACUACAAUGACGAGCAGAAGACGAGGGAAUGCAUCACGCGAGCUGGCUGGUACAAGACUGGUGACGUAGGUGUAAUGGAUGAAGACGGCUACGUGACUAUCGUCAGCCGAAUUAAGGACAUCGUAAUCCGAGGUGGAGAAAAUAUCUUUCCGGCCGAGGUGGAAGAAGUGCUCAACACCCAUCCCGCCAUCCACGAGAGUCUGGUGAUUGGUGUAACAGACGAGCGGAUGGGGGAAGAACUCUGUGCGUGGAUAGUACUCAAGGUGAAUGCAGAAGUGACAGACGAAGAGUUGAGACAUCACUGCGAAGGAAAGCUCACCCGUUUCAAGAUUCCACGGUACUUCAUCUACGACCCCAAGGUGCCGAGGACGGCCGUCGGGAAGGCACAAAAGGCCAAGAUGCGCCCAUUGGCCGCACAAUUCCUUGGGCUCACAAACUGAACCUUCCUGUGGCAUUCAGUUGUUUUUGUAAAUAAACGGGACGACAUCCGA